GUCGCCGAAAAACUUCAGUAAACAUCAGAUGUCAGUUCGUGGUUGGAAAAAUCUUGUAGUUGGUUUGUUUCUCUGUCAAGUUAGUUGAUUUUACAUAUUCUAUUAUCGUAAAUUCGCAGUAAUGAUACUUAGACGUUUCAUUCAAAUAUCUUACGUAAUUCGCUUUAAUAAAUUGAAAAUUCUACCCGUCCACCAGACGUUAUUUUGCUCGAUUGGAAACUUGAACGGCACGGUAUCAACUAACAACAGUACAUUCACGACAAUCACGACACCAAAAAUGAAAUAUCUAAAUCAAACCGAAGCGACAAAUAUUGAUAUCGAACUAUUCAAUGAUUACAAAUUCAGCGUAGAUCAACUGAUGGAACUUGCAGGUCAGGCUGUCGCUCAUUCCAUAGCAAAAACGUUUCCGGUUCAAGAAUUACCAUCGAACAAAUUGCUCGUUUGUUGUGGUCCUGGUAAUAAUGGAGGCGAUGGACUAGUAGCUGCUCGACAUUUAUCGCUAAUGGGCUAUGAGCCGACAAUUUACUAUCCACGAAUGGUGGACAAAGAACUCUAUCGCAAUUUGGUACAUCAAUGCAAAUCGAUGGACAUUGAAUUGGUGCAGACGGUCGAAUUGGAACAGGCGAACGAAUAUGGUCUCAUUGUUGACGCUCUAUUUGGAUUCAGCUUUAAGCCGCCAGUUCGGCCAGAUUUCCUUAAUAUUAUGGAUGUCAUGAGACGAACUACCAGACCCAUUGCAAGCAUCGACAUUCCCAGUGGUUGGGACGUUGAGAAUGGCCCACCCGAAGAUGGAAUCAAACCGACGUUACUGAUUAGCCUAACAGCACCGAAAAUGUGCGCAAAAUUCUACACCGGGAAGUAUCACUUCUUGGGCGGUAGAUUUGUGCCGCCUUCGCUUCAAGAAAAGUACAAAUUGGAUUUGCCAAACUAUCCGGGCGUAGACACUUGCGUUCAGAUUUGAAUUUCGUCAUAGCCUCAAACCGUUUACAUCAUCCAUAAAAUCCAAUAAAUGCACUCGCGACAGAGCAACAACGCUU